GGCAAGACGUCGUCGGAGGAAGGCUGAAAAAGCCCUAGGUGCUGCCGUUGCUAGUAGAAGUCGGACUUGUCGUCGGAGCUGCGCCUCCGCACAGGUUUCGGACAGAGCGGAGCGUGCUUCCGCGGUCGCGGAGCCUGCCCUGUGCUCGUCCCGGCCCACGUCGCGGUGAUGGAGACGGCUGAUUGGCAGCCACCAUUUGCCUGUGAUGUUGAUAAGCUUCAUUUUACCCCCCGGAUCCAGAGGCUAAAUGAACUGGAGGCUCAAACACGUGUAAAGUUGAAUUUUCUGGACCAGAUUGCAAAGUAUUGGGAGCUACAGGGAAGUACUCUGAAGAUUCCCCAUGUAGAGCGGAAGAUCUUAGACUUGUUCCAGCUUAAUAAGUUAGUUGCAGAAGAAGGUGGUUUUGCAGUUGUUUGCAAGGAUAGAAAAUGGACCAAAAUUGCCACCAAGAUGGGUUUUGCUCCUGGGAAAGCUGUGGGAUCACACAUCAGGGGACAUUAUGAACGAAUCCUCAAUCCAUACAACUUAUUCCUCUCCGGAGACAGUUUGAGGUGUCUUCAAAAGCCUAACCUGACCUCAGAUACAAAGGACAAGGAAUACAAACCCCAUGAUAUUCUCCAGAGGCAGUCUGUACAGCCCUCAGAAACCUGUCCUCCAGCUCGCCGAGCAAAGCGCAUGAGAGCAGAGGCCAUGAAUAUUAAAAUAGAACCAGAAGAGGCAACAGAAACCAGAACACAUAAUUUGAGACGCCGAAUGGGUUGUCCAACUCCAAAAUGUGAAAAUGAGAAAGAAAUGAAAAUUAACAUCAAGCAAGAACCAAUUGAGAAGAAAGACUGCAUGUUAGAAACUGAGAGGGAAAAGCCUAAGAGCCGAUCUAAAAAAACCACCAAUGCUGUGGACCUGUAUGUUUGCCUCUUAUGUGGCAGUGGCAAUGAUGAAGACCGGCUCCUCCUGUGUGAUGGGUGUGAUGACAGUUACCAUACUUUCUGCUUGAUUCCCCCCCUCCAUGAUGUUCCCAAGGGAGACUGGAGGUGUCCUAAGUGUUUGGCUCAAGAAUGUAGCAAGCCACAAGAAGCAUUUGGAUUUGAACAAGCAGCAAGGGACUAUACUCUUCGUACAUUUGGGGAAAUGGCAGAUUCGUUUAAAUCUGAUUACUUCAACAUGCCAGUCCAUAUGGUUCCUACAGAGCUGGUGGAGAAAGAGUUUUGGCGACUGGUAAGCACUAUUGAAGAAGAUGUCACAGUAGAGUAUGGAGCUGAUAUUGCUUCAAAGGAGUUCGGCAGUGGCUUUCCUGUACGUGAUGGGAAAAUCAAGAUUUCCCCUGAGGAAGAGGAGUAUCUUGAUAGUGGCUGGAAUUUGAACAAUAUGCCAGUGAUGGAGCAAUCUGUCCUUGCUCAUAUUACUGCUGAUAUAUGUGGCAUGAAACUCCCUUGGUUGUAUGUGGGCAUGUGCUUUUCUUCCUUCUGUUGGCAUAUUGAAGACCACUGGAGCUACUCAAUCAACUACCUACACUGGGGUGAGCCAAAAACUUGGUAUGGAGUUCCAGGAUAUGCUGCUGAGCAGCUAGAAAAUGUAAUGAAGAAACUAGCUCCAGAGCUCUUUGUGUCCCAGCCAGAUCUGCUCCACCAGCUUGUGACCAUCAUGAACCCCAAUACUCUGAUGACUCAUGAUGUGCCUGUUUAUCGAACAAAUCAAUGUGCUGGGGAGUUUGUGAUCACCUUUCCAAGAGCCUAUCACAGUGGUUUCAACCAAGGUUUUAAUUUUGCUGAGGCUGUUAACUUCUGCACUGUUGAUUGGGUGCCAUUGGGCCGCCAGUGUGUGGAGCACUAUCGCUCGCUGCACCGUUAUUGUGUCUUUUCCCAUGAUGAGAUGAUAUGCAAAAUGGCUUCCAAGGCUGGUGUGUUGGAUGUUGUAGUUGCUUCAACUGUUCAGAAAGACAUGGCCAUUAUGAUUGAGGAUGAAAAAGCUUUAAGGGAAACUGUUCGUAAAUUGGGAGUAAUUGAUUCGGAAAGAAUGGAUUUUGAGCUGUUGCCAGAUGAUGAGCGGCAGUGUAUAAAAUGCAAAACAACAUGCUUCAUGUCUGCCAUCUCCUGCUCUUGUAAACCUGGCCUGCUUGUUUGCUUACAUCAUGUAAAAGAAUUGUGUUCCUGUCCCCCUCAUAAGUAUAACCUGCGGUAUCGAUACACUCUGGAUGAUCUCUAUCCAAUGAUGAAUGCGUUGAAGCUUCGAGCAGAGUCUUACAAUGAAUGGUCCUUAAAUGUGAAUGAAGCUUUGGAAGCAAAGAUCAACAAGAAGAAAAGUCUUGUCAGCUUUAAAGCUUUAAUUGAAGAAUCAGAAAUGAAGAAAUUCCCAGACAAUGAUCUUCUGCGUCACCUCCGCUUAGUCACACAGGAUGCAGAAAAGUGUGCCUCUGUUGCCCAACAAUUGCUUAAUGGCAAAAGGCAGACAAGGUAUCGAUCUGGCGGAGGCAAGUCUCAGAAUCAGUUGACGGUGAAUGAACUCCGACAGUUUGUGACUCAAUUGUAUGCUCUUCCAUGUGUCCUUAGUCAAACACCAUUGCUAAAGGAUCUCUUGGAUCGUGUAGAAGAUUUCCAGCAGCAUAGCCAGAAACUACUGUCUGAGGAAAUGCCUAGUGCUUCUCAGCUGCAGGACUUGCUGGAUGUCAGCUUUGAAUUUGAUGUUGAACUUCCACAACUUGCUGAGAUUCGUAUUCGCUUAGAACAGGCCCGUUGGCUAGAAGAGGUGCAACAAGCUUGCCUAGAUUCCAGUUCCCUUUCAUUGGAUGAUAUGAGACGACUCAUAGACUUAGGGGUGGGGCUGGCGCCAUAUUCAGCAGUGGAGAAAGCUAUGGCCCACCUACAAGAACUGCUUACAGUGUCAGAGCACUGGGAUGACAAAGCCAAAAGUCUUCUCAGAGCAAGACCACGGCAUUCUUUGAGUAGCCUUGCUACAGCAGUAAAGGAAAUGGAAGAGAUUCCUGCCUAUCUGCCCAAUGGUGCAGUUCUGAAAGAUUCAGUGCAGAGAGCCAGAGACUGGCUUCGAGAUGUAGAUGCACUGCAGGCAGGAGGACGUGUGCCAGUGUUAGAAACGCUCGUCGAACUUGUUGCAAGGGGUCGAUCUAUCCCAGUACACCUGAAUUCUUUACCAAGAUUGGAAUUACUAGUAGCUGAAGUUCAAGCAUGGAAAGAAUGUGCUUCUAAAACAUUCUUGACUGAGAAUUCACCAUAUUCUUUGUUAGAGGUGCUUUGUCCGAGGUGUGAUAUUGGCCUUUUGGGAUUGAAAAGGAAGCAGAGAAAGUUGAAGGAGCCCUUGCCAAGUGGGAAGAAGAAAAGCACCAAAUUAGAGAGUCUGAGUGACCUGGAGAGGGCCUUAACCGAGAGCAAGGAGACUGCUUCAGCUAUGGCAACUCUUGGGGAAGCUCGCCUAAGAGAGAUGGAAGCUUUGCAGUCUCUCAGACUUGCCAAUGAAGGGAAAUUGCUGUCAUCUGUCCAAGAUGUAGAAAUGAAAGUCUGUCUGUGCCAGAAGACUCCAGCCACUCCCAUGAUCCAGUGUGAACUCUGCAGAGAUGCUUUCCACACUAGUUGUGUGGCAGUACCUAAUAUUUCACAAAGCCCCCGAAUCUGGCUUUGUCCUCAUUGUCGAAGGUCAGAGAAGCCUCCAUUAGAGAAAAUUCUGCCCCUGCUAGCCUCCCUACAGCGUAUACGAGUUCGUCUUCCUGAGGGGGAUGCACUUCGCUAUAUGAUUGAAAGAACCGUGAACUGGCAACAUAGAGCUCAGCAGCUACUUUCUUCAGGGAAUCUAAAAUUUGUGCAAGACCAAGUGGGCUCUGGACUGUUUAGCAGAUGGCAAGCCUCAGCAGGACAGGCAUCAGAGACAAACAAGGUGUCUCAACCUCCUGGUACCACAUCCUUUUCAUUGCCUGAGGACUGUGACAACAGAAGCUCGUUUUCACAUUCUCCCGGACAGAGUUGUGUUCCCCUCCAUGGUGUGAGUCCAGAAGUGAAUGAAUUGUUAAUGGAAGCCCAGUUGCUCCAGGUAUCCCUUCCUGAAAUUCAGGAACUUUAUCAGACUUUACUUACAAAGCCAAACUCUGCUCAGCAAACUGACCGAAGCUCACCUGUUAGAGCCAGUAGUGAAAAGAAUGAUUGCCUUCGAGGGAAACGAGAUGGAGUCAACAGUCUUGAAAGAAAAUUGAAGAGACGCCCAGAAAGAGAAGGCCUUCCCAGUGAACGGUGGGAUCGAGUUAAAAAAAUGCGGACCCCCCAAAAGAAGAAAAUCAAAUUGAGUCACCCCAAGGACAUGAACAAUUUCAAAUUAGAAAGAGAGCGUAGCUAUGACUUAGUCCGUAAUGCUGAAACACAUUCGCUACCCUCAGACACGUCCUACUCGGAGCAGGAGGACUCUGAGGAUGAAGAUGCCGUCUGUCCAGCUGUGAGCUGCCUGCAGCCAGAAGGAGAUGAGGUGGACUGGGUCCAGUGUGAUGGCAGCUGCAAUCAGUGGUUUCACCAGGUCUGUGUUGGUGUCUCUCCAGAGAUGGCAGAGAAGGAAGACUACAUCUGUGUGCGCUGCAUGGCAAAGGACACACCAAGCCGAAAGUAAAAACAAAACACACUCACUUAAUGGAAUUCAGGACUCCAGCAAAGAAGAUUUCCUCAAUCU